AUGAUAAGAAAUUUGUUUCGUCCUUUAGCUUAAAUCCAAAAGCGAUUCUAACCCUUCUAUUACUUUUCCUUUUCUAAAUCUAAUAAAUAAGAUAAAGAAACAUAUUAAUUAAUCCUAAAAAAUUAGGAAUUUGACAAGUUAGUUGAAUAUUGGGAUAGCAAGACCUCUUAACCUAAAUAAAACUCUGUUUCCAUACAGAAAGUAUUGUAGAAAAUAAAUCUUGCUGAAAAUUUGAUUGGAAGUGAAUUGUAAGAUAAGAAUUGGGAAUUUUUCGAGGAAAUGUUUGAUAAAAACUUUAUUGAAAGAUUAUACAUACCAAAGCAAUACCCUUAAAAGAUUUAAUUAAUAUUAAAUAUCUCAAUGGAAUUGUCAUUAUUGGAAUACUAAUAUAGAUUAAACAGAAGAGAAAUAUUACAAUUAGAAUAAGUUUUAGAUCGUAUCAAAGGUAUUUUAGAAAACAUAUAUAACUUUGAAUCAAAAAUAAGCGAUUUAGGAGAAGCUGAGUUUAAUAAUCUCUUAAGACAAUCAUAAUACUUUGACAUGAAGGCCUUUUAUUAGAAAACAUUAAAUCCUGAGGGUUAUGUUCAAUUUUUAGAAGAAUCUACUAAGUGUUUAGAUUAAGCAGUUAAAAUUGUGAACGACAUAAUCAAACAUAAGGAGAAUGUAGAGUAGAUCAAAUAUUAAGUUGGCAAACAAUAAGCUAUGAGUAAAAUUGCCAGAAAUUUUGAAAUUUUGGCUGAAUUCUUAUUAAUUUCAGGGCAAGAAGAAGAAUCAAGAUCUUUUUUAGAAAAAGCUCUUGAAAUAUAUGAAACCUUUGCCAGUGGCAUUACACCUAAAUCCAUCUUAUGUUAAUGCAGAAUUGCAAGAUCAUACUUGAGAGAAAAUUAUGAGAAGUCCUGUUAAUUAAUCUCUGGAUUGUAUGACGAGAUUUCAUAAUAUGGAGAAUCUGAAUUCUUAUUAUUAGUAUAAAUGUAUAAAUUCGUCAUUCUGUCCUAAAAAGAAGUAGAUGAGGCAGAAUACGAAAAGCUUUUUGAGUCAAUGAAAAAUUUCAGAGUCACAGAUCCAUAUAUUAUAUCUGAAGUAUUGUACUUAUCUCUAGAAUAUACCUUUAAAUAAGGAUAUAGUAAAGCAUUGUCUGAACAUUUACAUUAAGCCUUAAUUCUUAUUGAAAAUAGUUCUGAAAAGAUAAAUUUGGAAUAGCUACUCCAUUUAACAGCCUAAAUAAUUAUUGAGUUACCUGUUGAUGUCAAAGAUCAAUAGAGUUUAUUAAAGGUGAUUUAUGAAAAUUUUGAGAAGUUUAGGAAUAGAAUAGAUGAUGCAUACUUCUAAGAUCAUUUAUUAUUGAAAGCAUUAAUUAGAGCCAAACUACUAUAAUUUGAUAAAGAAGGACCAGAAAUAAUCAUAAAACCAAUUUUAUAAUUUAUUGAACAAGCUUAAAAUGGUAAAGAACCAUAAUUCCUAAAUCAUAUUAAAUAAAUUUAGAGAUUUUUAGAGAAGAAUGGACUUAUCUUUGCUAAGAAAUAAAUUGAAGACUUAAGCUCUCAAAAAUGA